AUGGUCAACGAAAAGGGGCGCAGGUCGCGGUCUCGGGAACGUGACACCCGGCAAGACCGAGAACGCGAGCGGGAGCGGGAACGAGAACGAGAAAGAGACCGUGACCGCGAACGGGAAGGGAGGGAUCGCGAUUGGGACAGAAGAAGGGAAAGGGAGCGCCGGGACCGCCAUCGGGAGCCGCAGCGCGACCGACCGGGACCGCAGGGUGACCGGGAUCGUGAAAUAGAUCGCCGCCGGGACAAAUCGAAGAAGGACAAACUGGAGGAGGAGCAGGAUGACGAGCAGCACAAAAGUGAUGGGAAAAAUGGCGGAAAGUCGGACGCGAAAAAAGAACCACUUUCACUGGAAGAGCUGCUGGCAAAGAAGAAAGCUGAGGAAGCGGCCCGAAGCAAACCUCUAUUCAUUACGAAGGAGCAACGGGCAGCGGAAGCACUCAAGCGCCGGCAGGAGGAGGUGGCGGCUAUGAAGGCGGCAUCACUGGCCAACGUACCUAAAUUUGGUGAUGUACCGGUAACGACGUUGUUGAUACGCGAAAAGCGAGAUCCCCUCGAAAAGUAUGACCGCCGCGAACGCGACCGAAAGGCUAACGACGAUCGGGAGAAGGAUAAGGAUAACGACAAGCGGCGCUCCGGGGCGGCAGCACCGGAAACGGAACCCGUGGUAAAGGACAAGGAAAAGGAGCAAGAAGCUAUCCGCGAACGGUACUUGGGCAUCAUAAAGAAGAAGCGGCGUGUGCGGCGGCUGAACGAUCGUAAGUUUGUGUUCGACUGGGAUGCCGGCGAAGACACGUCGACCGAUUACAACAACCUAUACAAAGAUCGGCACCACGUACAGUUCUAUGGCCGUGGCCAUGUCGCUGGUAUCGACAUUAAAGAGCAGAAACGAAAGCAGAGCAAGUUCUACGGGGAUCUGCUCGAGAAGCGCCGCACGGAGGCGGAGAAAGAACAGGAAAAGGUGCGUCUGAAAAAGGUGAAGAAAAAGGAGGACAAGCAAAAGUGGGACGAUCGGCAUUGGUCGGAGAAGGAUGUGGACGAGAUGACGGAACGCGAUUGGCGAAUUUUCCGCGAAGACUACAACAUUACGAUCAAGGGCGGCAAAAUUCCGAACCCGAUUCGCAACUGGCUCGAGUCAGGCUUUCCGAAAGAAAUCCUGGAGAUCAUCGACAAGGUCGGCUACAAGGAUCCGACUCCGAUUCAGCGGCAAGCCAUUCCAAUCGGUUUGCAAAAUCGAGAUAUUAUCGGCAUCGCCGAAACCGGAUCGGGUAAGACGUUGGCCUUCCUUAUUCCGCUGCUGACCUGGAUUCAAGGAUUACCCAAAAUCGAUCGGCUUGAAACGGCCGACCAGGGACCGUACGCAAUCAUUUUGGCCCCGACGCGCGAGUUGGCCCAACAGAUUGAAGAGGAAACGCAAAAGUUUGGCACACCGCUCGGCAUUCGCACGGUCGUCGUCGUCGGUGGUUUGUCACGAGAAGAGCAAGGCUUCCGUCUCCGGUUGGGUUGUGAAAUAGUCAUUGCAACGCCAGGUCGAUUAAUUGACGUGUUGGAAAAUCGCUACCUUGUCUUGAAUCAGUGUACGUACAUCGUGAUGGACGAGGCUGAUCGUAUGAUCGACAUGGGUUUUGAACCGGAUGUGCAGAAGAUUCUCGAAUACAUGCCCGUUACGAAUCUGAAGCCAGACACCGAGGAGGCAGAAGAUGCGUCCAAGCUGAUGGAGAACUUCAACACGAAGAAAAAGUAUCGCCAGACUGUGAUGUUUACCGCGACAAUGCCACCGGCUGUGGAGCGUUUGGCCCGCACGUAUCUGCGGCGUCCGGCUACGGUGUACAUCGGAUCCAUUGGCAAGCCAACGGAGCGCACGGAACAAAUAAUUCACAUCAUGGGCGAGAACGAUAAGCGCAAGAAGCUGAUGGAAAUCCUGUCUCGAGGCGUAGAACCGCCGUGCAUCAUCUUCGUCAACCAGAAGAAAGGGGCGGAUGUGCUGGCGAAGGGUUUGGAGAAGCUUGGCUACAAUGCUUGCACGUUGCACGGUGGCAAGGGCCAGGAGCAGCGUGAGUAUGCGCUCGCUUCGCUCAAGAACGGCUCAAAGGACAUACUGGUGGCCACCGAUGUUGCUGGUCGUGGUAUCGACAUCAAGGACGUGUCGCUGGUCAUCAACUACGAUAUGGCCAAAUCAAUCGAAGACUACACCCAUCGUAUCGGUCGUACCGGACGAGCGGGUAAAACUGGUUGCGCCAUUUCUUUCUGUACCAAGGACGAUAGUCAUCUGUUCUACGACUUGAAGCAGAUGCUAAUGUCUAGCCCGGUUUCGACGUGCCCACCGGAGCUUAUGAACCAUCCUGACGCUCAGCACAAGCCCGGCACAGUGGUAACGAAGAAGCGGCGUGAAGAGAAAAUAUUUGCUUAA